GCUCCGCCGUCAUUGGCGGCACCGGCGGCGCUGGGGCGCGGGGCGGGGAGGGAGCGCUCCCCCGCAGAGCCGCUGCUGCUGCCGGGCCCGGCCAUGUGCCGAGAGGAGGGUGUCUGCUGCCGGCUCGCUUGCUCCGCACCGUGAGCUGGCGUCCGUCUUUUUAACCUUUUUUUUUUUUUUAAUUCUAAUUUUUUUUUUUUUUAAAUUUUUUUUUUUGUUGUUAUUUGCAUUGAUGCUCUCCGAGCUGGAGACUUCGGGAGACGCGGUCCUCACCUGAGAGAUCCAGCACAAUUCCCCCGUUUGAAGGCUGUUAAUGGAGAAGAGGGCGGAUGACAGCCGGGACCGUGGUCAUCACAGGUGGAAUAUUAGCGACUGUCAUUUUGCUUUGUAUCAUCGCCGUCCUCUGCUACUGUAGGCUCCAGUACUACUGCUGCAAGAAGGAUGAGUCCGAGGAGGACGAGGAGGAGCCCGACUUCGCCGUGCACUCCCACAUCCCGCCGCUCCACUGCAACCGCAACGUAGUGCUGACCAACGGCCCGUCCCUCUACGCCUCGUCCCCCUUCGGCAAAAAGCCGGCAUCGAGCCGGCCCAGCUGCCCGGGCUGCGCGCCGUACGAGCCCCCCACCUUCUUCUUGCAGGAGCCCCCCGAGGAGCUGCACAACGGGGGCGACCGGGUGAGCUACAAGACGGUGAGCCAGGAAGAUCUGGAUCUGCCGGUGAGCGUGGCCAACUUGCAGGCGCUCAACCCCAACCGGCUCUCGGCCAUGCGGGAAGCCUUCUCCCGUAGCCGCAGCAUAAGCACCGAUGUGUGAGGUGCUGGCUGCCCGCCCAGCCCGGAGCAUCACAUCACACCUCGCCGCUGCCGCCGGGGCUUUUAACAGCAGGGAGAACUUUUUGAAAUUCACGGAAGAGUUUUGAAAAAGAAGAAGAAGAAGAAAAAAAUGAAUGUAUUUCUACGUUCUGUAGGUAGAGACGUGCUAAAUGGCAAUAUAAAGGGGUAGCAAAGAAAACAAACCCAAAAGGGGAGCACGGGGGAGGACAGUUGCAGCUGGGACGUGAGGUUUUCUAGCGCUGCAUUGCAUUUUUUUUUUUUCUUUUAUAGAGAGGAUUUUGAUAUUGCGCAUCCUUUUAUACAGAGUAAAAGCCCCUCCUCGACAUUCGGCUGAUGACGAGCAAGUAACGGGGCGCACAGUCGGCUGCAAAAUGGCUCGUGCUGCAAGUCAGCAGGCAUCUGCUGCCGUGUCGUGGGGGCACGCUGCAGCUGACUGCUCCUGGCCCUAGUGCGCACACAUACACUCACAUAUAUAGCAAAGCAGGGCUGCUAUUGCCCACCCUUGUGCCACCCCUCCGUACUGCAGCCGUACGUGUGUGUAUGUGUGCGUACGGCCCUGCCCUAUUCCCAGGCCAUCUCACUCCUCAACUUGGUCGUUUAUUCCUGGGUGACAGGCACGAUUCCCUCAGGGUCAGGAUGGCCGGUGGGUGCGCAGCCUGUCCCUGCCCCUGGAACCCCUGGAGCUGCCCCAUCCCCCCCCCGAUGGAGCCAGGCUGGGAGGGUUUGCAAACCCAUUGCAUUACCUGCCUGUGGAAAUAGCACACAGCACAAUUUCAGAUGGAGGAGCAUACCCGUAGCCAUCCCAUCCGAAUAAUCAGCAUCCUCUCUUCAAAUAACGCCAUAUGCGACUUCUGAUUGAGGGCUGGGCGAGCAAGAGUGUGACUGUCUAUGUGCCCACCCUCCUGCAUGCACAUUUUUACAUGCAUUGGGUUGUGUUUGUUGUUUUUUUUUUUUAAAAAAAAAGCCAUGACACAUUCUCCCCAUCCAGGAAUGUGUCAAAACACUUUAGAUUUAGGCAAAGCCACCUCUUUUGCAUUUUUCACCGAGCUGUUUCCCACAGCCGGGCAGCGGCACCAGCUCUGCCCCAGCUCCGCCGGCCAAGCUGGAUCCAGCCAGGGCUGUGCUGACAGAGCUGGAGGCAGGGAGAUGGCCACCGAGCAUGUCCCUCUGCACUAAAUGUGCUGCAAAAGAGCCGUUUGGUUAAUUCAGUGCUUUGGGAGGAGAAAUUGCACGGUGCAGGGGUGCCUAUGUGGGGACUCUUGUGCUCUGGUUUCUCCUGGCUGUCUCGAUUCCUCCCCCCCACCCUUGCAAUACUCACAGUUUUUGUCUGACAAAACACCCUCUUUCUCCUGGAUUGUGCAUUAUUCAGGUUAAAAGCAUCGCGCUGGACUUGGGGAUGGCUGGCGGAGGAUGGACUGGCUGCAAAGAGACUCUAAUGGCCUCAGCGCUGUGCUCUGGGUCAGUUUUUCUUUUUAAAGAUGCGAUGGGAAGAAAAAGCUAUGGCUCCAGCCCCAUCGGCUCACAGACACUGUAUGCAGCCCAGCUGGCUAUUUUACUUUUAACCACGAGGGCUUUUAAUUCCACAGGAAAUCUUUUGAAGUACAAGUCAGUCUUUGCAAUGGAGUUAUCUUUGACUUUCUCGGGGGGUUCUGUUUGGGGCGGGGGGGGUGGGUGGGUUUGGUUUCGUACAUGUUUAAUAUUCUGGGCUUGGUCCCUGGGGUGCCGCGUCCCGGGAGCACGAUGCCUGUGCUCUGGGGGGAUGGCAGCCGCUUGGGCCAUGCUCCUGUGUACAGUUCUCACCAGGGUUUGUUUCCACGCGUUGAGCCCUCCUCUUUGCAUUUCUUGUGACCGUACUUCUCUUGCCAGCCUUCCUUUCUUCCUCUUUUUCUUUUUUUUCCUUCCCGUGUAGCUUGGAAACUAAGCAAACGGUUGGCUUUCACUAACCUUCACCUGGUGAUCUGUUGUACAGGACUUUGGGAAUCACAGAGGGGGGGAAAAAAAACUCAAAAAAAAGCAAAAAAGAAUAAAAAUAAACUACUUUGA